UCGAAGUUUGUAUAAUGUCUGGCAGGCCGAUAUUUUCAGAAGAACGAGAAUGUCGUAAUCCAAACAUCGCAGCGAUUGUGACAUUUUGCUGACUAUCAAAAUCGAUUGGAAAACUGAACAGAGUUUUAUUCGAAUAAUAGAUAACCAACAAAAUUACCACCAAACUGACACCUAAUUGUGAUUGCAUAGUCUUAUCUCUGUCGUUACUGUCGUUACCAGUCAGGUCCAAAAUUGGCUAAUUUCUACCACUGUUUUCACCAUUAUACGGCUGUCUAACACAGCUGUUAGCAUGAUCGAAACGUGUGGUAGCGUGUGACUAAACUUCACGCGUAUGUGUAUAUUAACCAUCCGAUAACGGGGCCCGUUUCUGCCGUUAUCGCUAAUUCAGCGAAACCAGAGUCCUUACACGUACGUGUAUCGAAUAUUUCUUAUGCCAAAUAGAACGGGACAGGAAGAGGCGAUUCGAUCCACGAUGCAACAAUUUUUCGUGCGGUCGUCGAUACACCGACACUACACAGUGAAAUAUAAUACUUAACGCACACGGGUUGCAUGUCAGCGAUACUCGCAAUGAUCCGAACAAAAUUCCACUGGACUGUCGAAUAGUUGAUCGCCGAUUCUUCGAGUGGAAAAUAUUAGCAAGAAGAAAACAAAAGAAUGAGUAUCUCGCCGGUUCCCAAUAGAAGUUUCCUCCAUGGAGAUCGUAAGCCGUUCCCGACUUCUGAGAAAAUCGUCUACGCGACCCUCGAUAGUUUGGCUCUGAAGAGAGCCAGGUUACCUCUGCAGUUGCUGCCCGACGAUGGAAAUAAAUUGGUCGCCGAGGAAACGGCCAAAUCGAAGAAGAAAAAAAACACUGUCGCCGAAACAACUCCGAGGAAAUUCAGCUCGAAGGUCGACGAGACUACCAAUCCAUCGAGUCAACAAACAACGACGCCCAGCCGGAAGGAAAGUGAGUUAACGACUGCUGGAGAGGUAUCGGUUUCCGUUGCUGAGCAGAAGGUUCGAAGAAAAAUUGCUUCCUCUCUGCGCGUCGAUACAGAUAACAGCAUUGAUAAUGCCUCGAUAAUGAUUGUGAAAGAUGAUCCGACAGACCAGAACUCGAUUAACUCCGGCAACGAGAACGUACCGUCCUUCGAAGACUCCGGGCGCGAAAAUAAAAUUUGUCGCGUCGAUCUAGCCGAGACGAUAUCCUCGUCGGACGAUUACGAGAAAAUAGAGCUGACGCCACAAAUAUUCGACAACGUUCAAGAGGAGACGAUCAAAGAGAGGAUCGAUCGCGAUGAAUAUUAUUCGGAGAGCUUGUUUUUGAAAUCCAAGUCCGCCAUCGAUCUGACGAGGAACAGUUUGUCGGACAUAGGGCUGCACACCGUGGAAGAAUUUCCCGAGAGAGAUUCGUUGGAAGGGUCGCCCGUUAGCAACGAUGACGUCGCUCUGAGCAAAAAGAAGAAACACUUUGCCAAAAACGUGCUGUACUUCGUGCCCGAUUAUCUCGUGAAAGGAACGAAGGGAACGAAGAAGAAGAAGAAGAGCAAUCUGAGCGCGUCGUUGACUUCGUUGAAGUCGAGAUCGGUAGACACGAAAAGCGAAAUAAACUUCGGAUCCAGGUACAAACCGAUGAACCUUUCCAAGAAGGACUUGAAGUGUUUGAACAUCUCCACCCCGACGAACUUCGUUCACGUGGCGUCCGCCACGAAUCCGAGUCUGGUGUUGAACGAAAACACGGUCGGAUUCGGUUUGGAGCAAGUUGUGAUCAGGCACGAGGAAAAGUGUGCCACGCUGCCUCUUCUCGUCGGGAGGAACGAGGAUCCGACGACCGAAAGUUUGAUCGAGCAACGAUCGAUCGUAGCCGAGAAAAUGCCCUUUCACGACGCAUCGAAUCACGGUAAAGGAAGCACGGGGCUCGACAAUGCGAACCUGAGACGCGAAUUCCUGCGCGAGCUGCGAGCGCGAUCGGCAAAAGUAUUGGAGCUGAGCCAGCAGGUGAAAACGAGCGAAAAUCAAGCUGACGCGAGCCAGGGGAAAAUAUUCGAGUUGUCGCCGCGUGCCAACCCGAGUUUUCUUUGGAGCAGCCAGACGAAAAGCCUUUUACAGAAUACGCGACUCGAGGAUCAGUCAUCCUUAGCUGGCGAUAGUGUCGAGGUCAUCGACGAACAAGAAUAUGAUGACGUUGGACCGCUGAAGUUUUCUAAUCAGAUUCCAAGUCAGGAGGAUUUCUACGACGACGUGGGUUCGCCAAUGGCGCGCGUCGACGAGGAUUGCAUCGACGAGUCGACGUCCAAAAGUUCUGACUGUAUCUACGACGACAUCAUGGCUCUCGGCGACGCGUCAGAUGGUCCAGUUAGUCAUCUUCAGCAGCACGAGAGCUCGAUGUUCGCGGAUAACGUGUCCAGGUCGAACACCACUAGGAAGGGUAACGGUGAGAUUCGUGGUGACGAAUCGAGCCAAAUGGACGGCCAUUAUCUAUUCGUUACCAACGAAUAUUCCAGCGUGGACGAGGACACGGAUGAAAUGCAGGAUGACGAACAGGGUGUAUACGAUGACGUCGGUUUGCCGAGCAUGGAAAAAGUCAACAGCCUCUACGCAGGCUCCACGACUGGUUCCAUCGUCGGCAAGGAAUCCGAGUGGGAGGAUGUAGAGGAUUCAACGAUCGGUCGUUCUUGUCUCGCGAGGAGGAACAAUCCAUCAAAAAGUACGGAGAUGCAAGCUAUUUCUAGUAAGAAAAAGGCUGGUCAGAGAUGGUCACGAAAAGUGAGACGACAGCGUUCCAUGGCAUCCAGGAAAAGUUGGAAAUCGUUGACCAAACCGAUCCGAGAUUCCGCAUACUGUGACAACGUAUCCGAUGACACCACCUACGAGAGUCUGUGCUCCUUCCAAUCGGAUGAAUUCAGCUCGGGCUUGGAGUCGGAUUCGGAGACGGAGACGAUCGACGCGGAGGAUCGAAGAACCACGUGCGUCGUGGCCAAGGUUCCUAACGAAACUCCCAACGCUUGCUUGGAGGCGCCCACGAAACCAAACCCUCCGCCACCCCGCGAAGCUAGUCUGACCCAAACGUUGGGUAGGAGGAUGAAGAUGCUACGAAGGACGUGGAGCAUCACGAAAGGAAGUCUCAGUCGUAUGCGUAGAAGGACGUCGGUCGACGACGAUCACUCCUGCGAGGAGAUCAAAGAGACCUGCAACGAUCAUCCAACCAUCGAUGCUGGUAGAUACUUUGGAUUUGCUAGACAUUUCAAGAAGAGCGUUUCUGGCUUCUCGACGUUCUAUUUGAACGGUUACACCGCGAAUGGCAGCAACGAUUCGACGAGGAGCAGCGACGAUCAGUCGAACAAGGAGUCGACUUACAGCAACAGCAACAGAAAAGUGGAUCACUACAGCGUACUCGCCGAUCAGGAACCUCUCUACCAGUUCUACGCGGCGGCCGCUGCCAGAGUGGCAUUCGACUCCAACUCGGACGGUUACGAAGAGGUCGAGGACACGAUCCCGUCGCAGGCCACGACGGAUUUGGCUAGGCCAGGGCACAGAACAUUGUGGUGUCAGACGCCUCAGGUCAUCGGUAGCGGUCUUCUGCAGCGCUUAAGCCCCGAAGAGAGGAAAAUUCAGGAAGCGAAGUUCGAAAUUUUGACCUCGGAAGCUUCGUACUUGAAUUCUCUGCGCGUUCUGGAGAACGAGUUCCUCGGCGAGUUCUCGAUGAACGAAACGUUGACCUCUGUCGAGAGAGAGAAGCUAUUCGGCGGCAUACCGGCCGUACUCCAAGCGUCGGAACAAUUUUUGACCGAAUUGGAGACUUUGUGGAGGCAGGAUCCAAUGCUGCACAGACUGGCCGACGUGUUACUCAACUACGCUGACAGAUUCUUGGAUAUUUAUGUGUCGUAUUGCACGAACCAAGUCAGUAUAGACAUGACUCUCAAAGAUUUGAGAACACGGAAGGGCGUGAAAUUCUUAGAAACGGUUGCACAAAUAGAAGCGCGUCCGAUUUGCCAAAACUUGUCUUUGCAUUCUUUUUUAAUGUUACCGUUACAGCGAAUAACGAGGCUCCCUUUACUGGCCGACGCGGUUGUCUCUAGAUUGCCUAUCGAACACGCAGACAGGCGACAUUGGGAGACGGUGCUGUCGAGUUUAAGUUACGUCGUUGCGGAAUGCAACGAGGGUGCCCGUGCUGCGGCAACGGAAGCGGAGAUGGAAUGUUUAACCAGGAAACUGGAAUACUCCGUGAAAAUUACACCGAUCACAUUAAAGGAUAAACAUUUGGUGAAAAGCGGUCCUGUUGUACAGUUACUGACGAAAGCCGACUCAGAAUAUAAGCUGACGUUCGGGAAAAAAUUCAACAAAACGCCGCUGUAUCUUCUACUACUGACGGAUUACCUUCUAGUCGCAAAAUAUAAGCCUAAUACUCACAACGAAACGUAUACCGUAAUAGAUACUUGUAAGAGGAGUUUGAUCACUUUGGAAUCAGUCCCCGAAGACUCGCCGUUCGCCGGGCGUAAUGCAAUGCUAUUGACUCUGUUGGAAAAUUAUUCCGGUCGCCAGGUUGAAUAUAUAUUAACUUGCGAAAGCAAUACAGAAAGGCAGAGGUGGUUAGAAGCUGUUUCACCCUCGAAUCAAGGUUUAGUGGGCGAGACUCUUUACGAAGUGUGGGAUUGUCCUCAAGUAGUAGCACUGUACAGUUAUUCUUCGAACCAACCAGACGAAUUAUCUUUGCAUCCAGGGGAUGUCAUAAACGUGUUACAAAAAAUGUCGGACGGUUGGUUCCACGGUAAAAAAUUAUUGGACGGCGAUCAAGGCUGGUUUCCUGGAAAUUACACGAAGGAGGUCGCUUCGGAGCACGUUCGCGCAAGAAAUCUUAAACAAAGGCAUCGUCUCCUCGCGUUAAGCAGUAGCGGUUUACAUCGAAAGGCAAAACAACAAGCUGCCGGUUAUUGAAGGAUUAAAUUAUGAA